AGUUGGUCAUUGAACUGGAUUGAGAGGGCGCGGCCUGUUUGGCGAUUGCGCGAGAGCGGAUCAGUUACAAGGCGCAAACGGCAGAGUGAAGGCAUAGGUCCUGCAGUUUUCUCUAUUAAGCAGCAAAAUAAUUCCAAUUAGGAUCUCUUUCUGUAGCGAUUUCACUUUGUGAACUGCAGGGAGAAUAUUUGUGAUCUCGAUUGGCAGUGGAUGAUGCUUAAUUGUCUCAGACUUCUCGUUGAAGUUUCCUUCAUGGCGAUUUGGAAUGUGCGUCAUUGAAGGCCAACCACAUUUUGAGUCAUACCCAGCAACGGGAUAAAUCAAUAACACGCAUCAUAGACUUUGCAAUCUUCAACGCUGCCGAUUCAUCGUGCAUCAGGGGACCUGAGACUGCAGCUUAACGACCAGCUUCACAUCGCUAUCCCGACAUCUGAACAUCUUAAAGAACUGUGGUGACCAACACAGACUGUUGCACUAAUUGUUUACACUACAUAUUUGUGAGACUAGCCUCCGUCUGUAUCCUUGAAAUCCAAUCUGUUAAAAUAAUUCAAUUUGGUUGUUUAUAUUGUGUAUGCUUACACUCCUUAUAUGUAUCUUUUAUUUGCUAUUUUGUGAUCUACUUGAUGGUAAAUAUAUACAGUGUAUAUGAUUAUUGAUAUUCAACAUCUUAAAGAGUAAAUAAUAUGAUUUAAUAUGACUGUCUCCUCUUCAUUUCUCUCAUGGUCAUUGGACAUCAGAUGUAGUAAUCAACUCUCUGAGACGGUUGACACCGUAGUAGUAAUUGGUGCAAUACAGUUCCUUUCCAACACAAAGGAUCAUGGGAAUUUGGUUGGUUGAUCAUAGGAAUUUAAAAAAAGUUACUGUUCUGCAGCUGACUUUCGAGUCUUAGAUGUCAGAGCACACUUUAACACCGACAAGAGUUUUCAAAACAUCCAUGCUCACAGCUGCAUUACAAUUUUAGUAAGCAUCCUAACUAUCUAACACAAACUGAUUCUGUUUCCCAUUCCCUUUCUUCAAGAACACAGAUUUUCUAUUUCUUUCCUGUCUCCAGUCGCUAUGUCACCAGUUGCUAUAUUCCUCUCUUCUCCGUUCAUCUUGAACUUCCCAUGACUGCACAGGUUUGGAAUCUCAGUUAAUGGAAUGGAGCCUCUGUUGCUUUACAUUUCUCCAGACGUAAUGUCAUGCUCAAAGAGGAGACAUUCACUUUCCUCAAAAAUAAAGACAAGAGAACAAUCUAGGUCUUAUGGCAUUCAUCAUUUUUUACCAUCAUUUAACAUGUAAUUCCCCUGAAACAAGGUUUUACCGAUCAAAUAAACAUUGUUUAAAGCUAAAUGCUCCCAUGCCAUCUACAGUCACAGGGACGAUAAUCGCAUAAAAGUUGAAAGUGUAGGUUCUUAUUCAGAAUUGAUUAUUGAAACUCCUGCACAUUUCAGAAAGUUUGGCAAGUGAAGGAGAAGUGCUCUUCUUUAUCUCAACAACUAGUCAAGUGCCCUCUAAGCACUGUCCACCACUCCUCCAAUGGAGCAGCUCAGUCAAUGAGCCUUGAUUUGACAACAAAAGAGUUUACUUGUUCCAACUUCCGUCCUACAGAAAAUUCUAAAUAUGCAGACGUAACCUACUCGAUUUUUGCUGGGUUGUCAAUGGGAGGAUCUCAGAUUAAUUCUCUGUCCCCACAGCAGUCUCAUUUCUCUGACGGAAAUAUGUCAAAGUCAAAGGUCCUUUUCUGCUCUUUAUGUUAUUACAAUGCACCACUUUAAUCUGACAAAAUUUUACUGUGUUUGGAGGUGUGCCCAUUUUUUCUGUGACGAACUAUAAUCUGGUUGCUGUUGAGGUAGACUUCAGCUGUUUAUCUGUAUCUGUAUGAUUAACUUAAUAAACUAUAUCUUAUGUCCUACCCUGGCUGGCAUGUGUCUAUCAGUUAUGUCAGUGGUACCCAAACUUUUUCUGUCAUGUCUGCUCAACAAAAAAAAAACAAAAAAAAAAAACAACAACAACUGGUUUGUUCUGCUUUGGGAAUAAAUCUUGCUAGCAUCAGAGCCCUCUUGUUUUAUUGUUCCCAAAUGAAUCUGAUGCGUAAACGAUUUUCACAGCAGACAUUUUGUCAUAGCAAGAAAAGCACAGGUGGAACUGCUAACAUUAAUGAUGGGUCAUUUCAUUGUUUCAUCGUUUCAUUGCCAUGCAAUGCAGCAAUUAACAGUGUUAUUCGUUACACCUGUGUUUGACAAGUCAAGAUGUCUGCUGUGAAAAAGGUCUGUUCAACUUAGUUUCACUCCACAUUUCUGGUCAUGUGCAACAGUUCUUGAACCACUGAGUUAUGUUAUUUGACUAACUGUGCUUUCUUUCCUUGUGAACAAUGAAAAGUAUGAGCUGAUACUAAUGGAUUAUGACAGUGAUUUGAUUUUCAGUUAAUGUGUUUAUGUUCAUAUAUUGCUGGAGGAGAUCAAUUUCAGUUGGUUCUUGCUGAGAUGCUCCGCCUCAUUGUUCUUCUGCUUUGGCGGACAUCGAUUUUUACUGGACUUUUCCUGAGUCACAUUUCUUAGUGAGGCCUUUAGUAUCUCAUUAGCUAGCUUUAAACUAUGUGUGUGCCAGACAGCCCCUAAGUGUUACACUAUCAACCCCCCACCUCCUCCUCCCGCUGCAACAACUCCUCCACUGGUCAUCUGCCCAGGUUAAAUGAGUGUUAAUUUCAGUACAUCUGCCUUAUUAGUUUACAAUGCCUUAAUGGAUAAGAGAUACACAAAGAGGAUGGAUUAAAUGCUUGCAAUGUUUUUUUAAACUUGCUCAUUUGUUGUGUUGUGUGGGCACUGUCCCUGUGGAUAUAAGAAAUAAAUGGGUUUGAAAGACUAAGCCAAGAUAAUUUGUCAAAAAACAAAAAACAAGUGAUGGACAUUUUGAAGAAUUGAGAAACUUCUAAACUUGACUGGAGAGUUUUGUGCUACAUCCCACGAGACAUUAAGCAAUUAGUGAGUUUGAAAACCCGCAAUACACUGACAGCAUAUGGGUUAAUGGAGCCUUAUAAAGCUCCAGUUAACUCUACCACUGACAGCGGGAGUGGUGGAGCCUGUAUGAAAUUCACACAUGCUUUCACUGUGAAUUCAGAACUCUGUGUAUAAGCUCAUAUAUUUAAUGAGCUCUAGUCUCACUGAAAGAAAAUGGUGGAUUUAGCCAUAAUUGUUUUGUGAGUUCAGACAUGUGCAUGUUAGUGUAUGUAUGAGGUCUCUUCUGUCCAUGGUCUGUUAUCAUGGUUUAGCCUAGACCACAUUCCUAUCACAUUUCCUACUUAUACUGUCCCUACAACACCUCAUGACAACUCCACACAGCAGGCAACUAUCUAUCUGUCUAAAAACUGUACUCACGAUUGCCAGACAGUAGUAUCUACUUUGCUAAUUAUGUAAAAUGUAACUUUCUCAUUAUAAAAAAACCAAACACAUAAAUGUUAUUUGUUUUUGUCACAGGGAAAUCACACAUACGGUUAAUCAUUACAGGAAACUUUUUACUCUGCUACUUAAUGGAUCGUAUCUUCCCCACAACUCAAUAUUCAUAGACAUUAAUUGUAAGCAUCCUGUCAUUAGAGGCAUGCUACUAAACCACUCUGAAAUAUUAUAGCCUAUAUUGAUAGGACCUACUGAUAAGCAGCUACUACACAAAAAAUAUUGCAUAUGAAUCAUAAUCAUUAAAUCUUUAAAUUAAAGUUUUUUUAUCACAUGAGAAUAGUGACUAAUCAUUGAAUACAUACCAUAUACGGUCUUAUGAGAAAUACAGUUACGUCCUCAAACUUACACAUCAUCACUUUUUGGAUUGGCUGUUAUGUGUUUGCAUAACAGCGAAUUGUUGGGUAUUAAAAGAGAUUAGUGGGCAACAACAACACAAUUAUUUGUCCAUAGUUAACAAGGGAGGUGGCAGUCAGUUCCUUCAAAUCCUGUUAAGGGGGAUUCAUUUAAUCAUUCUGUAUUAACAGGAGGGCAAAGAGGAAACAUUUCUCCUUCAAACUCUCUUAGACAUCCCACAAGAGGCAAAAACUCGACAUGCCUUCUCCAGAAAGUAGUCUGGAUGAUGUGAUCUUAAUUCCCAGCCUGCUCCGCUAACUAAGGGACUGAAAGAGGAGGGCACUGUAUCAGGAAGAGAGGUUUCUGGCACCACUCUCCACAACCACGGCCAUCACAACUAAUGGGCUUUUCUUGAAAAUCUAAUUAAAAACGGGAUGGUGAGUAGAUGACUUGUUUUCCUCAGAUUUCUCCAGUAUGACUAAUACUUCAGGACAGGACUGACCCCCCUCCCCCAACUGUAAAAAUGCAAAGGUAGCAUAAGAUAAUUACAAAAGGUUUUAAGAUUUUAUGGCACUGUUAUUUUUUGAAUAGGUGGUAAGAUACUGGUGGCUGAAAGAGAAGGACAAGAUAAAUAGAAGGAGCAUGUACUUCAACACACUGUGUCUCUGCUACAAUUCGUUUGAGAAUGAUUAAAAUUAACUAAUGUAUAUAAAAGGUGGGUCCAUGAUCAUACCAUCACACAAGCUUUUAUUUUAAUAUAUGAAUAAAUAAAUAUUUAGUUAUUUAAGAUAGGACAGCAUGCUUCCAACUUUGCUCCAUAGACUGACAUCUGUAAUAUAAUCAUUGCCAGGGUUGGGUGUUAAGCUGCAAUCCUGUCUUGAUUACUCCCAAUAAAACGCUAGACUUUGGCCCAGCCGAUGUUUGACACACUCAUAAGCACACCACCUGGAUGGGCCCUCUAGGCCUGGCUACACAGGUUGCUGUUAGGCCAGCAUGGAGAGGUAACAGGUAAGCGUUAAGGCCCGUAGUAAGUGGUAAGCAUUUGUUUCCUCGACACUAACCGGUCGCAGUUAUUCAAAUCAGGUGGUUUUUACACCGGGAGCCCUAUGGGCCUGGCUGGGCAGCAUCUCCUCCCUCUGCUGACCUGCCAAUCUGUGCAGUCCACUCACAACACAGACAUAUCUCAAACACCCACUCCCCAACUUCACUCAGGUAGGCAGUCCCAUUAAUAGACCCGCACCUUCGCCUACCUUCCUACUACCCGAGAAAGGUAUUUUUGAUUUCCUGUUUGGGGAGCCAUUCAACCUGUGCCUGUAAUGAAGGUCAACCAACCAGCUCUCUAGAGGGACACCCAGCCACAGUGUGGCUGCAGGUUCCUAGCAGACAUGGGCAAACUACAGAGCAAGUUUCGCAAGAGGUCUGACCUCUACAGGGCAUCUCCAGGGGAGAAGGCAGAUAAUACCUUUGACAGUCAGGUGGUGCAGUAUGAACCUGCUCAUCAAGGGUCCAUCAACACUGUCACCAAUCUCAGCCCAGAUCUGUGUGUUUCUGGUGGGACUGACCAGGCUGUGGUGGUGUAUGACUGGAAACAAGGCCGGAUGUGUCAGUCCUUCCAGGGACACAACCGAGAGGUUACCAAGGUAACGUCAAUACUGUGUGUGCGCAAACUGAUAAAGGUGGUGUGUUAUCCAGGCAGUACAUGGAUCUUUAGUGCAUCACGGGACAAGACUGUUCUGAUGUGGGACCUAAACCAGGGGGAUGAACCUAUUCAGGAAUUUUGUGGGCACGAGUUGGUGGUCAAUGGACUAGCUAUCAGCCCUGAAGGGAGAAAGCUGUGCACCGGUUCUCGUGACAACUGGAUGUGCCUGUGGGAUAUAGAAUCCGCUAAAUGUGAACAGAGACACAACAUUUCUAGAAACCUGGUUACUCAUGUGUGUUGGGUGCCAGGCAGCUCCUCUGUAGUCCAGACCUCUGAGGAUAAGACCAUAAGGGUGUGGGACAGCCGUGCAUGGCAGGUGACCAAUACUUUUCCAGCCAAGCAAUACAUCCAGACCCACUGUGACGUUUCUCCGAAUGGAAACUACUUGGUGUCCAGCAGCAACGGCUUUGGAGGCCAGGGCUGUGAAGCUACGCUCUGGGACCUGCGUCAGCCUGGCUGUAAAGUUGUGGAGUACAGAGGCCACCUCCAGACCACAGCCUGCUGUAUGUUUCUGCCUAUGCCCUCUAGUGGCACAGCUUGGGUAGCAACAUCCUCCCAUGACGGCUCUGUCAAAAUCUGGGAUCAGAACACGGCAGUCUGUUUAGGGACGUUGUCGCUGGAUGGUGCUGGUCCACUGGUUUCUCUGGCUCCCAGUGACUUCAACAAUCUGCUGUGUGCCAGCUUCAACUCUGGCCUCCACCAUAUCCAGGUGGGCCAGGGAUCAAACCAGGCUCAGGGUUCUGGGGCAGGUUCAGGUGGAGCUGGUGGCCUCGACAUAAAAGUUUUGGCACGCUUCUGACAGCCCAGAAGAGCCUGGUGUAAAUCGUAACCCUGACCUGUGAACAGCCAGUGACUCAGCGAUCAGUAUCACUGGAUAUGGACGUCAUGUCUUUCCUGUUCUUUUUCUUUUUUAUAAUUUUACAUAUUUCUAUAGACAUUUUUGCUUUACUAGACUGCCAUAAAGUGAAUAAUGACAGAAGAGAAAAGUGAAAAAAAGAGGGGAUGAUAAUGACGUGUAUGGAGGAUGCACCUGUUGUCCAGCAGAGCCACCUGAAUGCCCACCAUAGCUGCUCUUCUGGGAGACUGUAAGUCACAUUAUCCAUUAAUUGAUGAGACUAUAAACACCAAAAUGAUCCUGCUUGGAUUGCUGCCUUCUUGGACCAAGCCAGAAUAACUGGGGUUUACACUCCGUUUUAUACACUAUUUCAGUUCGGUGGAGUUGACGAGAUGCUUCAUGCACAUGUUGUAUUGUUUUUAUUGGUGGUGCUGAAUACAUGUUUGGAGGAUAUCUUAAUGCGGCACGAGUGGUGUUGAAAAUUUGGAAGCACUCUUAGAGCAGGAAAAUCCACUAUUUAGUCAGGUGUUACUUCUCCUGAGUCUGACAGAAAAUUGGAAGCCAAAUAGAAUUUCAUACUAAGAGUAUGUCAUUAGUUUUUUCCUGGAUAAAAUUUAGUAGCCAUAGUCAGACUUGCAGUCUGUCAAACACUUUGUGGAGAGUUGUUUUUAUCACCAAAACCGUAAUGAGGAACUCGUGUAUGUUGAUAAUAAUGUAACUGUUGAUUAGUUUGUACUGUAGCUUUUAACCUUUUCACGUGUUAGACCAAAUGAAUACCUACGACACAACACUGUAUAAACAUGCUUUGUUUUUAGGUAGAAUUCAAUCGAUAAAAGUUUUUAAAGAUACAGAUUCUGAUAUUUUUUAACUGAAGCUGCCGAUAGCUGAUGUUUGGUGCCGAUAUCCAAUAUAUCUAAAUUUGACAAUUACUAUGCAAAAUACAAGAGUAAUUCCCUUUUUAAUAAAAUAUCGUUUGAAUAAACAAAUGGGAAUAAAAUAUAUUGCAAAAGAAAGUUACCAGUUAGGCUACUUAAAAUAUUGUUUGAUCAACAUUGAUUGAGGUUUUAGGAUUUUUUUAAAUAUGGCGUGGCUACUGUGCUAUUAACAACAGAUAUUGAAGUAGCUGUUUAGCUGCAGUUUAGCCAGCAAAUUCUAAUGUUAAUAUUAGCAGCUUAGAAAUGACAUCGUUUAACUUGUUGUUUGGUGACCAUCUCUCCCAAAGACAGUGGUUGCUAUAUCAUCCAAUUCCACCAAAGUGUUUUCCCCAUCUGAAAACGCCCAGCUGUGAGCGCUUGAGAGCGCUUUGGAGGCGCAGCUAAGACGCUUUGGUUGCUAUGAUACGGAAUUUCCGCGGAAGUGACUCUAGCUGACUGCCGCUUACCUGAUAAACCCAUGACGAACGAAAUGUUCCUCCAAGCCUUAUUUUUCAUAUUGAUAUUGUGGUAGUCCGGGGAUGUCAUCUGGUACAGACAUGGAUAGUCAGAGACCAGCAUUAUUCAUUUCUCCUCCAUUGUUGUCGUACAGUACUUGUAGCCUACGUGUAGGAUUUGAUGGUUGGUCUUAGUGGUAUUCGUCCCGCCCCUCCUCAACUGUGAUUGGACGGCUGGGUAAAAAGUGACAGUGACGAGCACCGCGUUUUACCCAAAGUUGAACGUGUUUCAACUCUAGGCGACCAGAAAAAAACGGCGAGCGCUCAUGGCUAACUAGACGCUCAGCGCCUCGUCACGCUGCUGGCGUUUGUAGCAUAGUUUAAAUACGCGGCGCUCCCAUUGCAAACAAUACAAAAGUACGCUGGACAGGUCAGGAGGUAAAUCAAAGUAACCAGUUUAACGGUAAUGUACUCUCAGGUGAUUCCAAAUGCACCUAUAAGGAUGUUAAUCGGAAGGUAUGAGUUGGUUUAGUACCAACUGAACAUUGGUUUGUUCCAGGCAGACGAGGCGCAGCAAGAAACGAUCGCAGGUUACAGUGAAAACUUAAGAGUUGCAAUAAGAAAACUCAGUCAGCUGUGAUGUGUGGCUUUGUCAUAAGGAGUCCACAUUCAAUAAUUUCCCCCCAAAAUAUAGGGAACACUACAAGAAGUAGGGAACCUAAGGUGAUCAGACAUUUCAUUUUGGGAGAAUUUACUGUUUGGGUAUUUGCCACUCUAAACAUCACCAGUUGAUAUCAUUUUAUCUAUCUGUGUUUGAUACAUUAUGACUUAGCAAUAAAUAAGGCAUUUUAUAAUGUCUGAGGAGUAAAUACUGGUCACAGAUUUAUAUUUAAUAUGCUACUUACAUAUGUGUCAUUAAAUAUGAAUGCUUUCUUCAUCUCAUUCAGUAGAGUACUACAGGUAAAUUAAAUCAUUCAUGGUAUACCAGCUCACUCUGAGAGAAGAAUCCCAAUAGAAAUCAAUCGUAUGUACAUUGUGCGUAUUGUGAGAAAAGACUUAGUAGAAAUGGGGAAAAAAAGUAUAUAUUGCCCUCUUUUCCAGUAACAGAACUGAUCUUGUCUAACUGACAUGUUUCAACAAGUUUACACCUGAAAGCUGCGGUGUACAACUAAAAUUACCAGCCACUGGCCAGUUUUCAAUGGAGCCGAUUGGGUUUAAUUGUUUUGCUCAAGGCCACCAUGACAGUCUGUUUAAAGAAUGGACUUCCCCUGCCCAGGGUUUUACCAACUGUUUCAAAUCUUUAAUUCACUGUAACAAAAAUGUUUUUGGCUGCUGUGUGAGCCAUAACUGAACUAUGAAUUGUGUUUUUGAGCACACUUUCUUACUUUAAGAGGAUCAGCUACUAUGAUCAAGAGGCUAUACAUUCAUGUAUAUGCCUUUUCAAGGUAUGUUCUAAUUUAUAUGUAUGCAGCAAGACUCAUGGCACAGCUGAUACUCGUUUAAUUUCUUUUCUUCUUUUUUUUUUAAGAUACAUUUUUUGUUAGAUUUAUUUUUGGCAAGUAAACUGUUAAUUAUGAGCAUCUACUCCAAAACCACCAUGGGCUUUUAGGAAACACCAAAGAUUUAUCAGUGCCACCUAGUGCCAGAAAUGUCCUUGUUAGAAAAUGAUUUGUUAGUAUUGAAUACUGUUAGUACUACAAAAAAAUGAAAUGUAUUUAAAGUGCUUCAUCCAAUAAAAAAAAACAAACAUUGAAA